CAUAACCAUAGAGAAUGACUAUGCGUUUUCUAACACUCCCCUAGUAGAGAAUGACUAUGCGUUUUUAACACUCCCAUAGAGAAUGACUAUGCGUUUUUGUUAUUGACUUUAAGUUAUGUUUUUGACUAUGAUUUAUAAAACUACCUGCACAACUUAGGCCCAGGCCAGUACAUGUAGUUGUUGCGGGCUGUGGAAGGCCUUCCAAAACUUGUGAUUGAAUCCACCGAUCAGCUGAACAUAGCCAGUAUGUCGGUAAAACACCUUGAAGCAGGUCAACCUCUACCUCCCCUCAAAGAUGGAUCCAUUCGUCUCUUCAGCAUGAAAUACUGCCCGUUUGCACAGCGCUCUCGCUUGGUUCUUAAAAUCAAAGGAAUCGACUUUGAGGAGAUUAACUGCAACCUGACGAAAAAGCCAGAAUUCCUCCUUGAACGAAAUCCUGAUGGAAAAGUGCCUGUCUACGAACACAAUGGCGAAGUUCUGAUUGAAUCCACCGUCAUCUGUGACUACCUAGAUGAGAUUUAUCCUGAUCCACCUCUCUACCCCAAAGAUCCAUUGCAGAAGGCUAAAGAUAAAAUUGUCGUGGCAGCUUAUGGAUCAAAGGUUAUCCCAGCCUUUUAUAAGUGCUUACGGUCUGGUGCAGAAGACGAUGAAGCAAAUCUCAUUGCUGGCUUGACGUUGUAUGAUGCAGAACUAAAGAAAAGAGGAACCCCAUUCUUUGGUGGUCAACAGCCCAGCAUGGUUGACUACGUCACUUGGCCUUGGAAUGAGCGUUUAAUGGUCUUUGACAAGCUCAUGAACACCCUGAAAGCCAAGCUACCAGACCUUGACGCUUACUUCCAGCGGAUGUUAACCACACCAAUGAUUCAGGCUUUCAACGACAGAGAGUACUAUAAGACAUUCUAUGAGGGCUAUGCCCAUGGGGAUCCUCAGUAUGACUUCUAACUGAUUGGAGAAGCACUGAAUUUCCACUUGAAAAUGCUGUUAAGGUUUCCAAGCUGUAAACUUUGUCUUUGUCUUCAUGAGCUGGUUUUGUAGAUUUUAAAUCAUGUCAUAUUAUUGAUUGUAGGAUUAAAAACAAGAGGUUUCACAUGGUGCACAGAUUUUCUUUUCAGUACAAAAAAGACAAAACCAGUAAUUUUUGCAUUUGCAAGGUUACAAGUGCUAAAGGUUAGGUGUUUGCGACUCUACUAAGCUAGUACAAUAUUGCUUGCUUAUUCAAGGAACAAGGUUCUUGUCUCAUCUGCAAGAGGUAAUUAACUCAGUAGGUCUCACCCAGUUGAUUAAGUAAACUGGUCAUUAAGUAAUUCCUAACCCUCUUGGACUAUCAUUAAUAACACAAUCUAUUGAGUAGCAAAUCCAGUCAGCUUUGGUUACCAUGCAAACGAAACUCUCCAAACCCAAAAUAUUGCAUUCAUUUAUGCAACACCAGAGAGUCGAUUUUCUCACAUAUGGAGACACUUCUACAUCUUGUGUCAUGGUCUGCACUCAUGAAUGAUAGUGAUCCAACAUCAUCAUUCACUGUAUGACCCUUGAUGCUUGUAGAUUCUGUUUCCUUUGCCGUCAGUGCUUUGCAUUCAACUUAGUUUACUUCCAGUCAGUUAAGGCCAGUACACUAUGGAGUUAAAAUUCACCACCACAAAAACACACCUCGCCAUGUUUUUCCUUGAAUCUGGAGUAGCUUGACAUCGUACAUGAGUAAUUCUCUAUUAAUUUAUUCAUUUAAACACUUCAGUACUAGUUUAUCUGCUCAUUUUUCUCAAAUAUAAUAGACUGGAAGUGAAUUAUUUUUUGUAUUUUUGUAUUAGUUAUUCUAAAUUGUUAAAUCUUGUGAGUUUGACCUGAUACCUACCUCACUUGUUAAAGAUUGUAUUGAUGUUAUUGUUCCGUAUGUCACUAAGAUUGUCAACAAAUUGUUUUGCUCAGGUGUGUUUCCCAAAUGCCUUAAAGUUUCUUACAUUCGUCCUCUUUUGAAGAAGGCAAGCUUGGAUAAGGAGAUUUUGAAAAAUUACAGACCGAUCUCCAACUUAAAGUUUUUUGGCAAAACAUUAGAAUGUAUAGUUUCCUCUAGGUUGACAGCUCUCUUGCAUUGCCACAACCUGUUAAAUACAUUUCAAUCUGCUUAUAGGCCAAAUCAUAGCACCGAAACGGCCCUGUUGUGAGUUCACAAUGAUAUUUUACAAGCCCUGGAUCAACAAAACAUUACAGCAGUUAUCCUCCUUGACUUGAGUGCAGCUUUCAAUAGACCAUACCAUACUUCUUUCCAGACUGCAUGACAUCGUUGGUGUGAGAGGUCAGGCUCUUCAGUGGUUUAGCUAUUACCUGGAGCUCAGACCACAAUAUGUAUGUGUAGGCAAUGCCACAUCUAACCCUGUCCAUCUUGAGUUUUCUGUUCCCCAGGGCUCUGUUCUAGGCCCUCAGCUUUUCACUCUUUACACAUAUCCUCUGAAACAUGUAAUCUCAUGUCAUAAUCUACAGUACCACAUGUAUGCUGAUGACACUCAACUGUAUUUAACCUUCAAACCUCCUCAACAGGUGGCGGUUAUUGAACUCAGAAGAAUGGAGUCCUGUGUGUCCAAUAUUCAUCAAUGGAUGCGGAACAACUUCCUGAAACUUAAUGAUGACAAGACAAAAUUUAUGAUCAUUGGAUCCCCACAACACCUAACAAAAGUCAACAUUCCUUCUAUUUCCAUAGAAGAUUCUAAUAUCUGUCCAGUCACUCAGACUCGUAAUCUUGGCGUCAUCUUUGAUUCCCACGUCAUUCAAAAGUCACAUUUCUCAAACUGUUUGCUCAGCUUCAUUCCAUAUUCGCAAUAUUGGAAGGAUUAGAAAGUAUCUUACCCGCAACUCCACUGAACAAAUCAUCCAUUCUUGUCACAUCCCGCCUUUACAUGGGAAAUUCACGCCUCUUUGGCCUUCCAUGGGAACAGCUGAAUUGACUCCAGCGUACCCAGAACACAGCUGCACGUCUCUUCACAUUAACCAGAAAGUCUGCUCACAUCACGCCCAUUCUGAAAGAUCUUCACUGGUUACCAGUCUUGUACAGGAUAAUCUACCAGCUUUUAUUAAUUGUCUAUAAGGCUCUUAAUAGCAAAGCCCCUUCUUACAUCACGGAUCUCCUCUCACCUUACAAACAAUCUCACAUGCUUCAAUCAUGUCACAAAUAUCUACUUUCAGAACCCAAGUCACAUAACUCAUGGGGGGGGGAUAAAUCAUUUUCAGUAGCAGCUGCUCGCCUAUGGAACCAACUACCAUUACAUAUUCGAAGUUCUGACUCCAUUCAUUCAAGACAUCCCUGAAAACCCAUCUCAUGGCUCAGGCAUUAAAUUAUUGUUUCAUUAAAUCUUUUUUGUUUAUGUAAGACUAAUUCUAGUAUAUGUUCGGUAUUUGCAUUUUUUUCUGCAUAUUUAGUAUGUGUUGUUAUGUUUCUCUGUAUCUAGUGCUUUUCAUUGGGUGGAUAUGUGCGCUUUACAAAGUUGUAUUUCUAUUAUUAUUAUUAUUUUUUUUUGAAAGUUUCUUCUUUCUUCUUCAUCAUUUGCAUUUUUAUGUUAUUUAAUCUUGGUAACUUUUCCAGUGUUAAUUUUUUUCUGUGUCUGUUUUAAUUUUGGAUUGGCAUGCACUCAAAUAAGCGUGUUAAACAGACCACUGUUAUUUUGCCUACAAUAUGCAUGGGUAGCAAGGGGUGGGAAAAAAAUCAUCCUUUCAUUGGUUUUCGAUUUUACCUCAAAUUUGUUCAAAAUGCACAUUUAAUUGUCUCAUUAAUUUGAAAUGAGGUUACUUUUUGUACUGACCGUCAGCCAAAGUUUUAGCAGCCACUGUAGGAAAACACGACUGGGAUGUAAAAACAGCAUACUUGUAUUAAUUCUGGCUAGCUUAGAUUAGUUUGUUUCUUUUUUGCUAAGUUAGUUUAUGCAAGACUUUCAUGCUAUACAGUACAGUAGAGUUUACAGUUAACAAUUUAAUGUAUAGUUACCCAUAGAUUAUUAAUUUUUAUGUUCCUAUUAUCCCUGGGUUAUUUGUUUCUUCAGGUUAUGAAUUUGUAAUAUGAAGAUUUUGUAAUCUUAUCUGGAUUUAUUGAAUUCACAUUCACAAGCAAAAAUCUAUCUAAUAAACUCUAUUUUUAGACUUUUUAGAGUACUAUUUUUCAAAUA